UAACGAUUAUUUGACAAUUUCACUCCACAUGGUAAAAUAGUUUAGUUCUUCGUGUUAGUGUGUGGUAGGUUGUUAUGGCACGGACCUAGGCUAAAUGAAAAAUUGACAUUUGAAAAAAAGAGUGCCAUUGGAAAUGUCGAGAAACGAAGACGACAAACAAGAAUGAUACGUGAUUGUUUUUUCAAGGCAGACGCGGCGGGGGUGUGACGUCUCUUAUUCCCACAAGGUUAAAAGUCUGGUGUUGUCGACAAAAAAAUCGACAACAACCGGGUAUUAUUGAUGAAAAUUUAAUGGAUUGGAAGAGUCGGAUACGUGAAGAGAUGCCAUUAAGUCCAAUGGUACACGGUGGUGUACAAUCGGGAAUUUCAAGUGCCGCAAAUUCUGGCCAAACAUCACAAAUAACACCAACAAGUUGUACGCCACCACCUGCUUAUCACAAUAUUAAUUUACCACUUGAGCAUCUUGCAAUAUCAGCAAGUGAUCGUGGAGCACCGCCUUCAUAUGAAGAGGCCAUCGAUCCUAAUGCUCCUCCACCAUCGUACGAUUCACUUUUUGGCCGCAUGAGAGAAGCACACAAAGCAUCCAAGGGAAUAUUUGAAUUUCUGAAAAAUAUUCUCAUGCUACUUUUAGGCACAAUUGGAUGCACAAUACUCUUGGGAAUAACGACUGUGAUUCCAAUUUGUAUGAUGGUAAUUGGUGGACUGUAUCUCUACGAUUGUCCGCAGGGUGAAUACAUUCCUGUUUAUUUAUUAGUUGGCGGUGGAUUUGGUGUUUUUAAACAACUUCUUCAUCUUUCGACGAGAGUUCGACAACGUCCCGAGGAAAGGGAUGAGGAAAGAAUACGACAGUCACCCACGCAAACAUUAAUCAAUUGUUUUAUGCUUGGAUGGUUCAUUAUCGGUUCAAUGUGGGUUUACAAAGAAUAUGAACCAAAUUAUGAUCCAUCUUUGGGGAAAUAUUGCAAUAAAACACUUUAUUUAUUUGCCUUUUGGCUUAUUACCUCUGUGUAUAUUGGAUUGGGCGUUAUCACCGCUGGAUUAUGCAGCAUUUCUGUCGCUAGUAUCGCUUUUGAGAGGCCGCCACCUGAUUUAAUGUGAAAUUUGCUUCAAUCACCGACAGCAAGAGCUUGAUGACAAAAAGAUAAAUAAAAAUCUCAGUCGGUAUAUCAUAAAAAUAAUUUUUUUUUUUUUUUUUUUGAAAAAGAAAAGAUAAAAAAAUUCUUUUCUUUUUCUACGUAACUGUGAUUUACGAAUCUACAAUUUAAACAAAUUUUUUCGUGUGCCAAGGGAACAACAAAAAAAAAAAAUUGAAUUUCAGAACGAAAAUUUUUUUCUUUUUUUUCGAUAAAAAUUUUCGUUCUGAACUUUGUGUUUCGAAUUUCUAUAACACAUUUGUUAUAUAUACAUAUAGAAGGAAAAAAAAUUUCCUCGGAAAAUUCCUGAAUGUUAAAAAAAAAAGAAUAUCAGGAAUUUAAUAUUGUCGUCGAAAGAUUUUUUUUUGAGAUUUUUCGCGAGUCGUUUAAAUGCAAAAAAAAAAAAAAAAAAAGGGAAAAGAAACGACAACCGAAUUGUACAUAUGUUUAGAAAUGAUGCGCUUAUUGAGUGAUUUACAUUUCUUUUUUUUUUUUUUGAAAAAAGAAAGAAAAAAAAACAAGACUGUUUCGAGUCAUCGUCAAUGUAUUAAAAAAAAAAAAAGAUUUUGUAACUAUUUUUCUUUCCGUCCCUGUCGAUCUCUAUGUUUUUUAUACAUAUAUAAAUAUAAAUAUAUAUUUUU